GUUUCUACCUUUCUUGUUUUCUUCCCCCGCAUGCUCCUCUUGCCCAUUCCCACCAUCCUACUCUCCCUGCCGGCUUCGUGCCUAUGCAAUUGAAAGCUUGAGUUUGGGUGCCCAGAGUCUGGGAGGCAAAGGAAGGCGAGGAGCGCACGAUGGAGAGCAGCAAUGUAUCCACCCCUCCAACCCUCACCUUCACGUCGGGGCCUGAGGAUUACAAUAGUAGCCCCAGCACCCUCGAAGCUGCUGGGGAUCAGGGCGACGUAGGGGAGAGUGCGGGCACCUUGCACAGCAAGGAGUCCCCCUUCUCCAUUUUCACUGUGUUAAUCUUGACGCUGUUAGUACUCCUCAUUGUGGCCACUUUCCUCUGGAACCUGCUGGUCCUGGCCACCAUCCUAAGGGUGCGCGCCUUCCACCGUGUACCCCACAAUCUGGUGGCUUCGACUGCUGUAUCCGACGUCCUUGUGGCGGCGCUGGUCAUGCCCCUUAGCCUGGUGAGCGAGGUAUCGACCGGGAAGCGAUGGCGGCUGGGGCGCGCCCUGUGCCACGUCUGGAUCUCUUUCGACGUCCUCUGCUGCACCGCCAGUAUCUGGAACGUGGCGGCCAUUGCGCUGGACCGCUACUGGACCAUCACUCGCCACAUCCAGUACACCCUGCGCACCCGCAGCCGCGCCUCCAACCUCAUGAUCGUUCUCACCUGGGCCCUGUCUGCUCUCAUAGCCUUUGCUCCCUUGCUAUUUGGCUGGGGUGAGGUGUAUAGUGCUGAGCUCCAGCGCUGCCAGGUGAGCCAGGAGCCCUCCUACGCUGUUUUCUCCACGUGUGGCGCCUUCUACGUCCCCCUCGGAGUAGUACUUUUCGUCUACUGGAAGAUCUACAAAGCAGCCAAAUUUCGUAUCGGGAGACGUCGAGUUGCAGUCUUGCCUCUGCCUGAGACAGUUCAGGCAAAGGAAGCUCCCCAAGAGGCCCAGAUGGUGUUCACAGCCCGUCAUGCCACACUUGCCUCUCAAACACAUGGUGAAACAUGGAGGGAGCAGAAAGAGAAGAGGGCAGCCCUGAUGGUGGGAAUUUUAAUCGGUGUGUUCGUCCUCUGUUGGAUCCCCUUCUUCCUCACAGAGCUCAUCACCCCACUCUGUUCCUGCAACAUUCCCCCUAUAUGGAAAAGCAUAUUCCUGUGGCUUGGCUACUCCAAUUCUUUCUUCAACCCCUUGAUUUACACAGCAUUCAACAAAAACUAUAAUAGUGCCUUCAAAAGCCUUUUUAUCAAACAGAGAUAAAAAUAUAAAACUGGGGGAGAGGGGAGGAAAUGGUGGAUUUCUGUGAGAGUCUAUUCCUACCUCCCACCUUUCCAGUAAGUGAAUGAAGGUUGUCUCCUCUUUUUCCCUUCUCUCCCCCCUCUCUCCCUAGGGUGGAGACAAUGAAGUGGAAAGAGCACUGAACCAGGCAGGAAUCAGAAGAAUUGGAUUGGAAUCCUGGUUCACUUGCAAAUUUGCUAUGACCUUGGGCAAAUCACUUCAUCUCUCCCUGAGCCUCAGUUUCCUCAUCUGUAAAUGAAGGGGUCAGACUAGUUGGUCUCUGUGGUCUAUUCCAGUUCAGACAUUCUGAGAUCUGUGCAAUUACGAUGCUGCUGCUAAAACCAAACCAUUAGCCUUAGGCUGGUGGGAGUAGCUGGAGAGAAGACCUGUCAAACAUGGUGUCUCAAACUUAAGCAUUUGGGACUCAUCAGAUGAAAGAGAAAUGAGGUAUGGGAAAGCGAGAGCUCCAAGUAGCUGGUUUAUACCAGGAUCCAAGAACUGUGUACUAAGUGAGUGUGGUGAAUCAGCAUCAUUUACCUUGCUCUCUGUUCUCUUUAUCUCUCUCUCUCCCCUAGCCUGGAAGCUCUCCUGUAAUACCCAAAGGAUUUCACAGUGUCACUCUCUAGUAGAGGAGAAUUGUGGGAUAUUGUACUGAGUCAUAGGAGAAAAAUGUUUGCUUACUUUCCUAUUCUGCAAAAAAGGAGAGAAAAAAUAGACUGAGGGGAUUAGACUAACAGCUCACUUGCACUGCUGUAUCUGUGAUCCUGUUAUCAUUCUUCAUUAUAACUGCACUGGUGGCUAACAGGUAUGGCCAGACCAAGGACUGCCAAGAAUUUCUGAGGUUUGAUGCAUUUGGAAUUAAUAUCUACUUAGAUGACUGUGGGGUGAGCUAAAUGCCUAAUUUUUUCCCAGAUUUAGACCCUACCCCAGUGACAGCAUCAGUCUCCAAGAAACAAAUCUUGAUCAAGGGCACAGACAAAAUGAUUGGACAAACACUGGAAACUACUGAAUUUAUUUGUUUGGUAUGGAGAAGAGGAAACUACCGACUUUAUUAUCUUCAAUUAUAGUCUUAAAUUUUCAAUUUAAACCCCUUAAAACCCUCUAGCCUUUGAGGUAGAAGGGACAAUUUUCUUUGGGGGUUAGAUAGAGCGUGGUCCUUGGGUGUUGUCAGACAAGUGGGAAUGAUUAUCUUGGCUGAAGUGGAACAACGGUGUCAAACUCAAGUAGAAAUGGGGACUGUUAACCAUACAUAAGAAUUUCUGUGGGCUGUACAUUGACUUAGAAAACCACAUAUUAAUAUUAUCUAUAUCCUAUUGUAUUUUUAUUUUGUUAAAUAUUUUCCAAUUACAUUUUAUUAUACCCAAGAGAGUGUUGCAGCUCAAGUGCUUGACUCUUCAGUUGUAGGGGGAUUCUUGUCCUCUCUUUGGACCUCCAUGUGUCUCUCUCUAAGCUUCUAUGCCCAACUAGAGAAUGAUGAUCCACAGUAAUGAUGUAAUGCUCCAAAGUGUAGAUUCUCCAGAAACUCUUUUAUGAAUGCAUUUUAGAGGUU